AAUUGGUUUAAAUCGUUAAUCUUCUGUGCCAGGGGUGCGGAUGUGAACGGGCGGCCGGCAACCGCGACCCCGGCCCCGGAGCCUGAACCUGAACCGAGCCGAGACGCCAUUGCCCGUAAACGCACCGCAUCAUUCGACAGUUCGGGCGUCUGUUUCGUUGCCCUGGGCCGAUUUCCCUGGAAAUACAAGCCGUUGGUUUAUCUAAGCCGGCUGUCUCGUAUUGACACAAAAUUGAGGACAACAUGAUGAAAGAAGGUGAUCAACCUAUAGCUGAUAAUAAUGAUGUCUCUGCAGAAAAUCAAGGCGAGGAAGAAGAAGAAUUUUCCGUGGAGAAAGUGUUGAACAAGAGGAUAAGCAACGGAAAGGUUGAAUACCUGCUAAUGUGGAAAGGCUACUCGGAGAGUGACAAUACCUGGGAGCCCGAGGAAAACCUUGACUGCCCCGACUUGAUUCAGCAGUUUGAGGAGGAAAGAAAAAAAAAGAUGUCAAGUGGCAACGACCUAAAGAAAGAAGACACAGCUAAAAAGAGGAAGAGUAUAGUUAGUAGUACGACGAGUCCAAUGUUGGAUGACCGGAAACCAGCCGAAAAGAAACGAAAGUCUGAUGAUGACAAGCCACGUGGUUUUGACAGAGGUUUGGAACCAGAUAAAAUUAUUGGUGCUACUGACGCCAGUGGGGAGUUAAUGUUUUUGAUGAAAUGGAAAGGUACCGACUUGGCCGAUCUUGUUCAAGCAAAGGUGGCGAAUGUGAGAUGUCCACAAGUGGUUAUUCAGUUUUAUGAAGAGAGGCUCACAUGGCACAGUACCAACGACGAAACUGUUGGGAAGAAAUGAUCGUGCAACAUAUUCGUGUGCCCAGGUUUAAAUUCUUCUGACGGUUUUAAGUUGUUGGCUCUAAGACUUUAUGUAAAUGUCACCAAAGAUGACAAGUACAGUUGUUAACAGAGAAAGUAAAAUUUUAAAUAAAAAUAUGUAUACAGUUUUAC